AAAUUUUUGGAUCUCAUAGGAUUCUUCCCUCUCCUGUUUAAUUAAUGGUUUGCAUGAUGAGAUUUAGAUGAAUGAAGCUUUUUUCAUAGCUCGUUUCUGUUUUUGCCUUUCAGAGAGAAUUAAAAAAGUGGUGUUUUGUGAUGAGGAGGUAUAGGAAUGGAGAGAUUUGGGGUUUCGAGCAAGAAAUUACUCCAACUCCACAUGGGUCAGACGUUGUUCUCGGUUUGGAUGGAGGAACGACCUCUACAGUCUGUGUUUGCAUGCCACUCAUCGCCUUCUCCGACCAACUUCCUGAGCCUUUGCCUGUUCUCGCCAGGGCUGUCUCCGGUUGCUCCAACCACAACAGUGUUGGAGAAACUGCAGCAAGGGAGACACUGGAGCAAGUUAUGGCAGAAGCCCUUUCAAAGUCUGGCUCAAAUCGAUCGGCAGUGCAGGCUGUUUGUUUAGCAGUGUCGGGUGUUAACCAUCCUAUGGAUCAACAACGGAUAUUAAAUUGGCUCAGGGAGAUAUUUCCAAGCCAUGUAAAAAUAUAUGUUCAAAAUGAUGCUGUAGCAGCUCUGGCAAGUGGAACAAUGGGGAAGCUUCAUGGCUGUGUUCUAAUUGCAGGUACGGGCAGUAUUGCUUAUGGGUUCACUGAAGAUGGAAGAGAUGCUCGAGCUGCUGGUGCAGGACCCAUCUUAGGUGAUUGGGGGAGUGGAUAUGGAAUUGCUGCACAGGCGUUAACAGCAGUAGUGAGGGCUCAUGAUGGCCGUGGCCGUCAAACAAUGCUUACAUCCAGUAUUCUACAUGAGCUGGAUCUUUCUUCACCAGAUGAACUCAUUGGGUGGACCUACGCUGAUCCAUCUUGGGCUCGCAUCGCAGCACUGGUUCCUGUGGUAGUAACCUGUGCAGAAGCAGGAGAUCAAGUUGCACAUAAAAUCUUACUGGACUCAGUUGAGGAGUUGGCUGAAAGUGUGAAAGCUGUUGUUAGGAGACUUGGCUUGUGUGGUGAAGAUGGAAAGGAUUCAUUCCCACUGGUCAUGGUUGGUGGUGUCCUUGAAGCUAAUAAGAUGUGGGAUAUAGGGAAAGAAGUAGUAAACCGUACCUUGAAGGACUAUCCUGGUGCUCAUCCAAUUAGACCAGAGGUCGAGCCUGCGGUUGGAGCAGCACUGCUGGCCAUGAAUUUCCUCAUGAAAGAAUCAAAAGGUAGCCUCAAGAGCUAACUAUCGCCAAUUCCAACUCGAUCAGUCACUUGUACAGUUAUGAGGAAAAGAGAUUGGGGAAAAAAAUUGCGACAUACGAAGAGAAUAUUAGAAGAGGAAAUUUAUUAAUUGCACAGAUUCUAUUACCCUAAAAGGGCUUGCAUAGAAAGAUUGCUGGUCUCUCUAUGGCUUCAUCGGGGGUGCUCGUUUUCUUUCAUCUUCGUGGUUUGUAUUAACUUGUCAAUUUAUCAAGAGUUCUUUUUGUUUGUGGAUAUGUAAGCGGAUAUUGGAAAGCAAUCAAAUUAAAGUCCUAGUUGCAUAUUGAUUGCUGUUGUCUUUAA